AUGUUUUCUCCCUCUCUCUUUUUUGAUAUUCUUCUAUCAGUUUUAGCCUUUCAUGGUUUUGAUCUCAUUCUCCUUUUCCAUCAUGCUUCAUCUCUGUCUCCCCAAUUUCUUUCCAUCACGCUAUAUCUCUUCCCCUCUUUCUGUGAUGCUCUAUCUCUCUCCCUCUCUAGAUUUCUCUGUCUAGCUCAGUACUUUUCUCUCUUUCUCUCUCCACUUGAUCCUUUUCACUCUCACUUUCUGCCUCAUUCUUUUUCUUUCACUCUCUCUCUCUCUCUCUCUCUCUCUGAUCCUUCUUUCACUGAUAAAACGUUCUUGAUGAAUGACCAGAAAACUUCUUUAUGGAUGCCUCUCUCUCACUCUCACUUUAAUGCAUCCUUCUUCCCUUUUCUAUCCUCUAUCUUUCUCACUUCCAUUACUAACAUCUCUUCAUAUCUUUCUCUCUCAUUACUUAUGCAUCUUUGUUUAUCUCCUUCUAUUUCACUGUCUUUCUCUUCCAGUUACCCUUCAUAUCAUUACUGUCUUUCUUUCCAAUAUAUUCUCUCUUUUAAUUUCCUACUGUUCUCUUUCUUUUUUUAUAUCCAUCUUAUUCUGUUUUCUAUAUCUUUUUCUGUAUACUCUACUAUUUUAUAUCUCACUUUGUUCACACUUCUUUCUUCUCUCUACUUGUUUCUAUUACUUUUUCUCUCAACCAUCUCUCUUUUUUUCUCUUAUCAACAUAAUUCCCUAUUUUCUACAGGGUUAUUCAUAUUCACCCUCCCUUUUAUUCAAUCAUUCCAUCUUUAUUUUAACUACCAAUUUCUCUCGAAGUACCUCAACUCUGAACUUUCUUCCUUCUCUCUUAUCAUUCACUUAUUUUUUAUUUCUUUGUUUUUAAACAAAAAUUCAACAAUCAAAUUAGCUUAA